AUGGAGGCAUCGGCUUCAGUGGCGCCGUGGGAGGAAGUUGGGCCAGAGGAGCAGCUGUUUGUCCUGAUUACGGGCGCCAACAGCGGCAUCGGGCUGGGCACGGGACAGCGCCUGAUUGACGAGUUCCUGGCGACGCGGUCCCUCAAGGCGCACCUCAUCCUCAUCCCGACGACGCGAUCGGCGUCCAAGUCGCUGCUGGCCAUCAAGGCCCUCCGCGCGCACGCCGAGCUCGCCGCCCGGACCUCGAGCGCGCUGCGGUCGCGCGCCGGCGACGGCUACUGCUGGCAGGACGCGGCGCGGCGCAUCCACGUGCUGAGCCCGUCGCUGGACCUGUGCGACCUGCGCGGCGUCUAUGCUUUCGCCGACAGGCUGGUGCGCGGCACGCUGAGCAACCCCGAGGGCCUGGAGGGCGAGUACCUGCGGAACGUGCGCAUCCCGCGGCUGGACACGGUCGUGUUCAAUGCGGCGUACGGCGGGUGGUCCGGUUGCAACUAUCCAAAGGCCGUCUGGGCGAUUCUGUCGCAGGGGCUGGUGCAGGCCGUGACGUAUCCCAACUUUAAGAAUUCGCUGUCGACGAGCAUCUUGAACGAGCAGAAGGGCUAUGGAUACCCCGAGAAGCCGCUCCUCGGCGAAGUCUUUUGCGCGUGCGUCUUCGGCCACUACGUCCUCGCCCACCAGCUGCUGCCGCUGCUAUCCCGCCGGUCCACCGACCCCCCUUCUUCGCGCGGCCGCAUCGUUUGGUCCUCCAGCAUCGAGGCCGUGGCCGACGGCGCAGCAUCAACAACGUGGCUCGCGCUGCAGGACCAAGCGUCCCUGGACGAGCUGCAGGCGGACCGCGUCAAAUGGGGCAGCAGCUGUAACCGGCACCUUGAAUCCGGCGUGAAGAAGACAGAGGUGGAAGGCUGGGGAUGGGAGGGCAAGCCCGAGACGGACGAGACGAUUGCGGCGGACCCGGCGCAGUGCUUGCUGCACAAGUCGGUGGGGAGACGACUGGGGACCAAGAACGUGACGGAGGAGAUGCUGGUCGAGUUUGAGGUGGAGGGGGCCAGGGCGUGGCGGGAGAUGGAGAGGUUGAGGCUGCAGUGGGCGGAUAUCUUGAAGCUGGGCAAGGAGGAGUAA